ACAGCCACAUGCAAGUUAAAAAGGCAAGAGAUUUUCUUGCUCUUUGAUUUCGUCAUUUUGGAUUUGAAAGACUGCUACGAAUUAAAUUGGUGUCAGCAAAGAGACAAAAAAUUACAGUUUAUCAAGUUCCUGCAAGUUAAUUGAAAUGUCUAUGCGUAAUGUUCGCAAGUUGUUUGGAACUACGACGUUGCCGCCUCUUGAAGGGAAUUCAGAUGAAGAAUUUGAACCAUUGUAUGUAAAGCAAAAAGGAAAAAAAACAUCAUUUACCUAUGAGGGUUUGGAAGUAAGUUCGAAAUCGGAUACCGAUGAUAAUGAGAUAACAACUGCGGAUAACAUAGAGAAUGAAGCACCAGAAAAGAAAAAGAAGAAAAAGAAAAAGCGACAGCGAAAACCUAAAUCUAAACCUGAACCAAUAAUUCCUGAAGGAGUUGAGUUGGACGAAAUAGACAGGUCGGUGUUGGAAGUGAAUGCAAUCCUUGGCGGACCCCCAUCACCAUCUACGAGUAGGCCAGUGGUAGAGAAGAAGCCCGACCCUGUCAAGAAACUUCUGUCUGUGCAGUCUAAACACUUGAACUACCAAAAUGAAAUAAUAAGGAUAUUUGGAUCCGAGACUCCAGAUGAAGACGGAAAAGCGAAAAAAUAUCGUCCACACAAUGUAGUCAAGUACAGAAGGGCUACUAUAAUUCCCACGCCGGAAAAUUAUCAUUAUCGAAAAGUUGGUUUUUCUAUGUCUCUACUCAAAAAAGAAAAUGGAUUGUCAUACUUUGUUUACAAUCACAAUGGGGAGUAUCAGAAGAUGCAUAGAUAUUUCCUCCAAACUAUGAACGAAGAAGACUCCCUGCUAAUGAACAUCCACGUUGAGGCUAUGCUAAAGACUGCAGACAAUAUGUUUCGUGCGGAAGAAUUUACAGCAGCUAAUACCAUCCUUGAGCAAAUAAUAACUUAUCUACAGUAUGCUGCUCAUCCGUAUUUCAACUUGACUGACCAAACUAUUCGUCUGGAGUACAAGUAUAUGGAAAAUAGACCAUUUUUCGUUGCCGUAUUGAAGUAUUUGUACAUGCUUAGCAACAAAGCUUGUCAUCGUACAGCUCUCGAAUUAGCGAAACUUCUUUUGAAUCUGGAUCCCUCAGAUCCUCUCGCCAUAAUAUAUGUCAUCGAUGUCAUAGCACUCAGAGCCAGAGAACACGAAUGGCUGAUAGAAAUUAUCGAUUAUUGGAGUAAAGAAAGAGACGCUUAUUAUUUGUUUAACAUUAAAUACUCUUAUGCUUUGGCGCAUUUCCACGUUGCUAAGAAGAGAAAAACAAAUGAGUAUGAUUACGCCGAUGGAUUGUUGAAAGAGGCCAUACUUGCCUUUCCGUCUGUGACUGUUAAGCUUCUGGAGGCCUGCAAGCACGACCGUAAUUCUAGUAUACCAAAACAUUCUUUGUUCGUUAAUCCCUUGGAGGAUAACAAGGCUUCGGAGAAGUGCGCUCCGGCUAUAACCCUGUUCGCGAAAUUGGUUUGUUGGAAAUGGCGUGAGCCCGCGGUCAUGGAAUGGUUCUUGAGAAAUGUCAAAGAACUGAUACACCAAUAUGAUACUGAUCCCAGUGUUAAGAUCAGAUUAAAAGACUUGGCCAUCCAAAGACAAAGCUUGUUCCCUGUUUGCCCUAUCCAGAUUCAACGGCAUAUGCACGUUGUUCAUCCGAUGGCAAACCUACUCGUGGAAUGGGACAUGCCUUCUAUGGGUCGAUCCCAUGCAUGGGACCCAUUGCCUGCGUCCGACGGCAUCAACCGUUACGGCUACGGGCAAGUUAAUGAAUCAUCUGAUUAUUACUCGGCGCUCUACAAUUUGAUCUUCUCCAUAAGGCCGGACUUUAUUCAGCAAGGGGGUCAAGAGAUUCGCAACGCUGUAGCACCAAAUCCCCCAGAGGGGAAUCCUCCAGCGGAACGCGUCCCGGAACAGCCGCCUGUGGUAAUAAGGGCCGCUAAUGACCGAGAUUCCUCCGUCCACUCCAGCGAUUUUGACACAGACGAGGAGGCAGAAGCGGAGCUGGAAGCUAUGCAUCGCGAACCACCUUCAAGUUCACGCCGUUAAGAGACGAGUCCUCUCCUGAUACCGAGAUAGAGCUUUUAAUAUGGCACGUCGCACUUAACUUCUGAGCAGCAAAGUAAAGACAGUUGAAUAUUUGAAAUGUUGCAAUUUUAAUAAAAUAAUAACUACUGAUAGUGUAUCAUAUGAGAUGUUUCUAUUUAUUCGAAAAGUUGUACAGUUCGUUUUGAGAUAAGGUUAUUUUUUUUUUGUGUUGAUCACCAGUAUGUUGAAUAAAUAAAUGCAUGCUU